AUGGAACAAGCACAAUACAAUGAAUAUAAUAAUAUAGAGAAUAUAAAUAAUAACAUACAGGGCCUAUUAAUAAAUAAUAAUAAUGAAAGGAAAUAUAGAAUAGCAAUGGUAUCAGAUUUCUUCUAUCCAAAUAUGGGUGGUGUCGAAGAGCAUUUAUAUCAGCUAUCACAAUGCCUCAUCAAGAGAGGAAAUAAAGUUAUUAUCAUAACACAUAGCUAUGGCGAUAGAUUUGGUAUAAGAUAUGUGACCAAUGGUUUAAAAGUUUAUUAUAUUCCACAAGCACCAUUUUACAAUCAAUCAUCAUUCCCAACAUUAUACUUUACAUUUCCACUAUUUAGAAAAAUUUUAAUUAGAGAAAGAAUUGAAAUUGUUCAUUGUCAUCAAGCAUUUUCAACACUUGCACAUGAAAGUAUUUUACAUGCAAGAACUAUGGGAUACAGCACUUGUUUUACUGAUCACUCAUUAUUUGGUUUUGCAGAUGCAAGUUCAAUCCAUAUGAAUAAAUUAUUAAAAUUUACACUAUCAGAUAUUUCCCAUGUUAUUUGUGUAUCAAAUACAAGUAAAGAGAAUACAGUAUUAAGAGCCCAACUGGAUCCACAUUUAGUCAGUGUUAUUCCAAACGCAGUAGAUACAACCCAAUUCACACCCGAUCCAUCAAAAAGAGAUCCUAAUAAAAUUUCAAUUGUAAUUAUGAGUAGAUUAGUUUAUAGAAAAGGUAUUGAUUUGGUAAUUGAUAUUAUACCAAAUAUUUGUAAAAAAUUCCCAAAUGCACAUUUUAUUAUUGGUGGAGAUGGACCCAAAAGAGUAUCAUUGGAAGAAAUGAGAGAAAAACAUCAACUUCACGAUCGUGUUGAAUUACUGGGUAGUGUUAAACAUUCAAACGUUAGAAAUGUAUUAGUUAGAGGCGACAUCUUUUUAAAUUCAUCACUCACCGAAGCAUUUUGUAUUGCAAUUGUUGAAGCAGCAUCGUGUGGUCUUUAUGUAGUCAGUACCAAAGUAGGUGGUGUACCCGAAGUAUUACCACCACAUAUGAUUUCAUUAGCCCAACCAAAAAGCGAUGACUUGGAAGAAAAACUCACUGAAGCAAUUAUUAAACUUAAAAUCAAUCCAAUGGAAACCCACGAAGAAGUCCGUUCAAUGUACGACUGGAACGAUGUAGCAAGACGUACCGAAACAGUUUACGAUAUUAUAUCUAAAGCACCCAAAGUUCCAUUCAUCGAAAGAUUACGUCGUUUUGUUGGUUGUGGUCUUUGGGCUGGAAAGUUAAAUUGUAUGGUUGUAGCACUAGAUAGUUUGGUUUAUAAAUUUUUAGAAUAUUAUUCGCCUAAAGAAGAUAUCGACGAAGCAUUUGAUUUCCCAAUCGAAGGUUAUACUCAAUAUAAAAACAAUCAACUAAAAAACAAUUAA